AUGUCCAAUACACCGGGGAAGACGCCGUACCUCUCUGGGCCAACUGCACAUCGGGAUGAGCAAAAUGGUCGUGAGAGCUUCGCGUUCAGCGAGAGCAGUGAUGGCCGCGAGCCAUCGCAAAUGAAUCACUUUGAUGGUGAAGUUAAACGAGCUAUCGCGACCAUACCAAGCGAGUAUCGUGACCUGAUUUUCGAGCUGUAUGAGGCAGCUCGGCUGGGAGAUCGGAGUCGUGAACAGAAAUUGUUCGGGAUGAUCCCGGAUCGCAAAACUGCGCAGCAAGUCCGUACAUUCCUCUACGGAAUGUUAGCGAAUGCAGAAUUAUCUGAGAUGAACGAGCAAAUCGCCGGUGGCUCAUACGAGACUCGAUCCGAAAAGGACAUGGAAAACGAUUUGCCGCGAGCUCGCCCCAGUGUUAUGGACAUCCAAUACCUGUGUAGUUUUGCUCCAGUGAGGGUCCCAGCAAGACCGUGGACCACCGUUACAGAUAGUGACGACCUGGUCUCGCAUUUAGUAUCACUGUACCUGACUUGGGGAUACCCAUUCUACGCUUUUUUCUGCCAUGACACAUUUAUCAAACACAUGAGAAUGGGGCAUCUGAACUCGGACUUUUGCAGUCCUUUCUUGGUGAAUGCCCUCCUCGCCAACGCCUGUUUCUACUCAGACUACACGGAGGCGUAUAGCUUACCCGGAGACGUGAAAAGGAAGGGCGCCCAUUUUCUAGCCGAAGCAGAAUGGCAUCUGAGAUCACACCAACUGGAGGGCAAAAGCGAUACCCAGCUGGUUUCCUUACAAGCAACUCUUUUAUUAUAUGAAAGAUACUCCCUCUCGGGUUACGACAACUUUGGAUACACCAUGCUCCAUAGGGCAAUAGGGAUGGCCGAGUCACUUGGCUUAGUGAACAACACUAAGAAAGUAAAUCUGGAAGCACCACACUUCUCCAAGGACAUGAGACGCUCUCUCAAGCGAACUGCAUGGGGGCUGUUUCAGAUUGAUACGAUUGUCCACAUGAAUUUUCUUCGACAAAGCCAAAUCAAGAGCGUGAGCCUCGAUCGCAUUUCCCGUGAUGAAACGUCCACGGACGAAAUGUGGACGCCCUAUCCGAAGCCAAGUGCGCCCCGCCGUUCUAAUAUGAGCUGGUACUUUGAUGAAGCAUGCAAGCUCUCUUAUAUAGCAAGGGAUGCCUCUUGGGACAUCUCGCGUACUUACAAAGAUGAAAGCCUCAAGCAAGAGCUUUACGGUCGGCUGUGCAGGUGGGAGGAAGAGCUGCCCCAUUCCUUUAACCUGAAAGAGACACCAGCACCGUAUAUCAUUAUCCUCAGGAUGCGCUACCACACCCUAGUCAUCAAUCUAUGUUGCCACGACCUCCAAAACGACAUGUCAUUCAUGAGAACCAACGAGCAUACUCCUGGCUCAGCUAGCUCAAAUAACGACUUCAAUCCCAUCAAGACGGCUCUCUUAUCUGCACGAGAAAUCGCCUUUCUCGUCCGGAAAUUCGGAACUGAGUACGGACUGGAACAUAGCCAUCAGUUUGCUAUGUAUGCCAUUAAUGUCUCGCUGUUCUGUCUGCUUGCGCAGGAGGACAUUGAUAUCCUGGAUCCCGAUUUCUUGAGCCUCACGCAAGCAUUUUCCAUCAUUGCAUGUCGCUCACAGGUGGGGAGGCAUCUAUUUCGGGCAUUUAAAAUAUCAGUUCGCUCCCGAAACCAAGCCGGGCUAAUGAAGAGCCCAGAUGAUGUCCCCCUCGGGAUCAGAGAGCUUUUGGGUCCGCGCGAAAACUACAGUGAGCCUGACAAGUGGGAUCGUUACGCAGAAUACUUGGCAGAGGUGGACGGUGAGGGAAGCUACCUCAAGGAUAUUGGGAUGGACCCCGCGGUACCUGGCCUGCACGAGAUGCUCAAGUGGUACGAAAGUCUGAGCAUCGGCAGAGAAGUACGAUGGAAAGGGAGUCAUGAACCUGCUUUCUGA